GUGGCUGGAUUGGUAAAGGGCAGAGAGCUCCAGUCCGACUCAGACGCCAGCAAGAUGACCCACUUGCAAGCUGGCCUUAGUCCAGAGACGGUGGAGAAAGCUCGUUUGGAGUUAAAUGAGAACCCGGACACUUUACAUCAGGAUAUCCAACAAGUUAGGGACAUGAUUAUCACUAGACCAGACAUUGGGUUCUUACGGACAGAUGAUGCCUUCAUCUUAAGAUUUCUGAGAGCCAGGAAGUUUAACCAAAUGGAGGCUUUCAGACUUCUUGCCCAGUAUUUCCAGUAUCGACAGCUAAACUUGGACAUGUUCAAAAACCUCAAGCCAGAUGAUCCUGGAGUUAAAAGGGCACUUAUGGAUGGGUUUCCUGGUGUUCUUGAAAAUCGGGAUCAUUAUGGACGGAAGAUUCUUCUGAUAUUUGCAGCCAACUGGGAUCAGAGUAGGAACUGUUUUGUUGACAUCUUACGAGCUAUUCUCCUGUCGCUAGAAGUUCUUAUUGAAGAUCAGGAGCUUCAGAUCAAUGGGUUUAUUUUAAUUAUAGACUGGAGCAAUUUUUCCUUCAAGCAAGCCUCCAAGCUUACCCCCUCUAUCCUCAGACUAGCUAUUGAAGGUUUACAGGACAGUUUCCCAGCUCGCUUUGGAGGUGUUCAUUUUGUCAAUCAACCCUGGUACAUCCAUGCCCUGUACACUAUAAUUAAACCAUUCCUUAAGGACAAGACAAGGAAAAGGAUUUUUCUCCAUGGUAAUAAUUUGAAUAGUCUUCACCAGUUGAUUCACCCUGAAUGUUUACCUUCUGAGUUUGGAGGCACACUUCCACCUUAUGACAUGGGUACCUGGGCUAGGACAUUGCUGGGUCCUGAUUACAAUGAUGAUAAUGAGUAUACUCACAGCUCCUACAAUGCCAUACAUGUAAAGUAUGCACCUAACAACAUGGAGAGAGAUUGUUCACCAAAGUAUAUGAAAAGGUAA